CUUUGCCCUUUAUAGACUUACCUCUCAAGCCUAGACUUCACUUUUGUCGGAUGUUUGCUUUCUUCUAAGAGUUCAGCAUGUCCGCAGUGAAGCUGCUCCUGUCUUGUCUGCUUUUCAAAGAGGCCCAUACGCUGUCAGGGAACUUCUGGCACAUCACGGAUCUGCAUUUGGACCAUACAUACAAUUUGACCGACACCCCUGAACUGGUGUGCGCAUCAAGCGGUAAACGACCCGCAGUGAAUGCGGGGAAAUUUGGAGACUACGCUUGUGACUCGCCAUGGCAUCUUAUCAACUCCUCUGUGUAUGCCAUGAAGGAUAUUCUGCCAGACCCGGACUUCAUCGUGUGGACAGGAGAUGACACACCACAUCUACCCAAUGAGGAUCUGGGAGAAGCCAAAGUACUGGAAAUUAUCAGCAACCUCACUCACAUCAUAAAACAGAUCUUUCCAAACACUAAAGUGUACCCUGCCCUGGGGAACCAUGAUUACCACCCCAAGAGCCAGCUCCCUGCAGGCCCAAACUACAUCUAUAACCAGACAGCAGAAAUGUGGCAGGACUGGUUGGAGCCAGAGUCCAAAAUGACAUUUAUAAAAGGUGGAUAUUACACAGAAAAGCUGCUGAGUCGAACAGGUUUCAGGAUGCUGGUCCUCAACACUAACCUCUAUUAUGACCAGAACAAGCUGACCACGGACAUGGACGACCCAGCGGGCCAGUUUAGCUGGGCUGAUCAUGUUCUUACUGAAGCUGCCAACAACAAAGAGAAGGUGUACAUCAUUGGCCACGUUCCCCCAGGUUUCUUUGAGAAGAAGAGAAAUAAGCCAUGGUUUACACCUAAAUUCAACCAGAAAUACUUGGAUUUAAUUCAGAAGCAUCACCCCGUCAUACUCGGGCAGUUCUUUGGCCAUCACCAUACGGAUAGUUUCCGCAUGUUCUACAACACAGAGGACUCUCCCAUCAGUACAAUGUUCCUCAGCCCAGGAGUCACACCGUGGAAAACAACACUUCCUGGAGUCGUGGAUGGAGCAAACAACCCUGGGAUUCGUGUCUUUGAAUAUGACACCCAAACACUUCUUGUUAAAGAUGUGGUGACUUAUUAUCUGAACCUGACUCGCGCUAAUGCUGCUCGUGGGCGCUGGGAGAAAGAAUACCGCCUCACAGAGAGCUUCAGAGUGCCAGACGCCUCCCCAGCUUCCAUGCACCAGGUUCUGGAGAGCAUUGCCAAUAGCCACUGCUACCUACAGAAGUACUAUGUGUUCAACUCUGUCAGCUAUGACCUGACAGAGUGUGACAGUGACUGCCGUGUUGACCACGUGUGUGCAGCCAGAGAGGUUGACUUCAACAAGUAUAAAUGCUGUCUGGAAAAAGAGGGGGCGGUUGCCAUUCAUGCUGGGUUGCUGCCAGUUCUCUCCGUGGCUGUAAGUCUGGUGUUAGCCAGUCGGUAAUGAUCAUCUAUCACAGAUAUGAAUAUGUUAGUGAAGCCUCAGGAAGUUAUUGAAUAGAAAAACUGAAAUUCAAGAUCAAGCAUUUUGUAUAUUGUGGUCAUGUAAAUAUUUGUACAAAUGACUAGAUUUAACAGUUAGCAUCACAUCAACAUGUCUUCAUGUUUUAAAUUAUUGGAUAUCUGUAAUUUAACUGAGUCAUUCACUAGAUAUAAUUAAACAGUGAAAAAACAACCUUUGGCUUUGGCAAUCUCUUUGAGCGGCCUCUUUACCUUGUUUUAUUGCUAUUGGUUGAGUACUUCAUUUCCAGUCACUCUAAAAACUAAGUACAUACAAUGCAACUGUGAUAUUCUGGAUCAAAUCCACACUUUAGUCAAAUGUUUCUCCCUCCUCAAACUUUCCUGUCAAACUCUGCUGUAUUUAUUUAAUAAACUCAGAAAUCAA